CAUUAGUGUCCAAAGAAGAAAACAAUUGACUUGUUAAGCUAAAGGACUUUGCUUGCUUUCGCUAUCUGAGACUGAGACGCAGAAAAUGGCGGCGGCGGCGAAAGCAGCGGUGGUUUUGCCACGGCCGGUGACGUUUGUGACGGGAAACGCCAAAAAGCUCGAAGAAGUCAAAGCUAUCAUCGGAAAUUCCAUUCCUUUCAAGUCUCUCAAACUCGACCUGCCUGAGCUUCAAGGUGAGCCUGAGGAUAUCUCCAAAGAGAAGGCUCGUUUGGCUGCUCUUCAGGUGAAUGGGCCAGUGCUAGUGGAGGAUACAUGUCUUUGUUUCAAUGCUUUGAAAGGGCUUCCUGGGCCAUACAUCAAGUGGUUUCUAGAGAAGCUUGGUCAUGAAGGUCUGAACAACUUACUGAUGGCCUAUGAAGAUAAAUCAGCUUAUGCCUUGUGCGCAUUCUCUUUCUCGCGUGGUCCAGGUGCUGAACCUCUUACAUUUUUGGGGAAAACUCCGGGUAAGAUAGUUCCAGCAAGAGGACCAACUGAUUUCGGAUGGGAUCCAGUGUUUCAACCUGAUGGAUAUGACCAAACUUAUGCAGAGAUGGAAAAGGAAGAAAAGAACAAGAUAUCUCAUAGGUACAAGUCUUUAGAAUUGGUGAAAUCUCACUUUAAGGAGGCUGGCUAUGUGUUCCAGACAGAUGAUGGUACCAUCUAAAGAGAACCAGAAUCCAAUGAUCAUUGUCUCCAGCUUUUGAAGAUUUGAACACUAAUUACUCACCAGAUUCUUGUUCCUAUUCUAAGCUCCUUUUGGGGUAUUAGUAUUGUGUCUUUUUUUAUUCCUCUAAUACAAGUAGAAACCAUGGAUUGAAAUACAUUGUUUGGUAGUAUCGUUCAUGUUGUUCAUUAAAUACUGUGAUGGUGAGAUGGUAUGAAUAUGAUAAACCCAUCCGACCAAAAAGCUGAAAUAAAUGUUGGAUGGCAAAUAAAGGGGAAUGGGAUGAUAUCAUGUUUCACAUGA